GGAAAGGCAGAUCCACUCCCACCCACUUUUUCCUACACACGCACUAACACACUCACACACUAACACACGCGCUUAUCUCCCCUGUGACUUUUCAGGGUGUGUGUUAGUGUGUGUGUGACCUUAGGCGGGCAGUGUAGAUGGGAUGCAUUGCAUGGUGGGGCAGGCAGACCAGAACAGUCUGUGGGAGCAUUGCAGGGGGCUCAGGACAGCAGCUGCCGGUCCCUUUCAGCCGCUCCCUCAGUCACCCCGCUAACAAGCCUUUUGCACACACUGCGCUAAAGGAAUCUCAGCACCCAGAGCAGAGCAGCUCGCUGUCUGUGUAUGUUGGUGUGUGUCGGGACGCACAAGUGCGCAUAUGUUGUUUUCUGCUGCUUGUGUUGAGGACAGACAGCAGCAGCACAGUUCACAGAGGAAGAUUAUCCCGGGCCGGACUGCUGGAAGGACUGUUUACAGUAAAGCUCUUCUGUAGCAGCAGGACCCUGCACCUCACCCCACCCCACCCCCCUCUUCCACCUCCGCCACCUCCUGUUCCUGCACCCUCACCGUCUGUCGAGAGCUUUUGGUGAAUCCUGCGCCCGGACGACACGCCGCUCAGUUUUGUCUAAGCUUGGCCACUUGUCUGUGUGCACUGUGUGUGUGGUCUGGACAUUUUUCUCUGCUAGGAACUGUAGUUACGGAAGCAGAACAAGUAGAAGAGGAAGAAGUUAAGGAACAGCAGCUGCGGGUUAAAGGAGGAGGAGGAGGAAGAUGAGGAUGAAGGAGUUGUCCCUUCGGCAGGACCCGGACCUGAGGAAGGAGCUUGCCCUCCUGGCCCGUGGAUGUGACUUUGUCUUGCCGUCACGCUUCAAGAAGAGGCUGCGUGCCUUCCAGCAGGGACAGGCCCAGGUCAAGAAAGAGGAGCCCAUUACGCCGGCGCGAAGUGAAAGCGUGCCAAAGUUCUACUUCCCCCGGGGACAACCCAAAGCCAACCUCAACAUUGACCAUCUCAUUUCCAAGAUAGAGAAAAUAUUUUCCCAAUUCCCCAAUGAAAGGGCCACCAUUGAGGACAUGGGCCUGGUGGCCAAGGCGUGCGAGGUCCCCCUUUACUGGAAGGCCCCAUUGUUCUGCGCGGCUGGCGGGGACAGGACGGGAUUCGUCUCCGUGCACAAGUUUGUGGCGAUGUGGAGGAAAACGCUGCAGACCUGUCACGACGACGCAGCCAAAUUUGUGCACCUUUUGGCCAAGCCUAGCUGUAAUUACUUGGAACAAGAGGACUUGAAGCCAUUCCUUCAGGAUGUGGUGAACUCGCACCCUGGCCUGGCCUUUCUGAAAGAAGCGGCCGACUUCCACUCUCGCUACAUCACCACAGUAGCCCAGAGGAUAUUUUAUAACGUCAACAGGUCGUGGUCGGGCAAGAUCACCUGUUCAGAGCUGCGGAAGAGCAGCUUUCUACAGAACGUGGCUCUGCUGGAGGAGGAGGAAGACGUGAACCAGCUGACUGAGUACUUCUCCUACGAACACUUCUACGUCAUCUACUGCAAGUUCUGGGAGCUGGACACGGACCAUGACCUGUUCAUUGACCAGAAGGACCUGGCACGCCACAGCGACCACGCCAUUUCCAACCGCAUGAUUGAGAGGAUAUUCUCCGGAGCGGUGACGAGGGACCGCAGAGUCAACCGAGAGAGUCGCUUCAACUACGCCGACUUUGUGUGGUUCCUCAUCUCUGAGGAGGACAAGAGGACAGAGACCAGCAUAGAGUACUGGUUCCGGUGCAUGGACCUGGAUGGUGACGGGGUGCUGUCCAUGUUCGAGCUGCAGUACUUCUACGAGGAGCAGUGCCAGAAGCUGGAGAGCAUGGGUAUCGAGCCGCUGCCCUUCCAGGACUGCCUCUGCCAGAUGCUCGACCUCGUCAGGCCGGAGGUCCAAGGGAAAAUUACCCUCCGGGACCUGAAGAGGUGCAAGCUGUCGCACAUCUUCUUCGACACAUUCUUCAACAUAGACAAGUACUUGGACCAUGAACAGAGGGACCCCUUCUCCGUUGUCAGGGAUGCUGAGACGGAGGGCCAGGAGAUCUCUGACUGGGAGCGGUACGCAACAGAGGAGUAUGACAUCCUGGUGGCCGAGGAGACGGCCAAUGAGCAGUACCACGACGGCUACGAGGACGUGGCGGAGCCUAUGGAUGAUGAACAGGUGUGUGGGGGCCUGGCUCUGCCGGGGGAGAAGAGACACUUCUUCGACAUCCCCAACCCCCACUGCAACCUGGAGCUGGAGGAGUACGAGUACGACGACGACUUUGAGUGAGAAGAGCACUCGCUCUCCACCACCUGCCUGGCCAUGCCGUAUACUACACACUACGCAACACCAUGUUGUCAGCCAUGUUACGCCAUGCCGUCCACCCUGUUAUGCCAUAUAGUCCACCCUGUUAUGCCACGCCGUCCACCCUUUUUAUCAUCUUCCGUCCACCCUGUUGCAGCGGCAGGGCAUGCCAUUCUCCGUCCAGGCAAGCGGGGAGAGGAACUAGGCCAGCCAGCCAGCCAGCAUCAAAGAGGAAACACACACACACACACACACACACACACACACACACACACACACACACACACACACACACACACACACACACACACACACACACACACACACACACACACACACACACACACACACACACAGCAUAGUGUGUGCAACCUCAUAGUCCUGAAACUAUGUUGGACACGUGGUGGACAGCCAGACCAAUGUGGACAGGUUUUUAAAACGCAUACCGAUGAGCUUCACAUGAUUAGCACGAACCACAAAGAACUGAGUUCAUUUUGCUGCCAUCAGAUAGAACAUGUCUCCCAAAAAAACCCACCUGUGAAUUGUCUUUGAAAACACCAAAGCCAUUGCCAUCGUCACACACACACAUAUGCUCGCUCACUUGGGCUGGAAAUGGGCAGCAGGUCAUGUGACCAGUGUGUCUCCCAGCCCUCAGGAGGUCCAGAGUCCUGGCCCUGGAACUGGGCUCCUAGACGCUCCACACAGAGCUACUGUACAACACUUGAAUUGCUGAAUGUGCACUAAAGUACGGAAGCGAACACAUUCUUCUUGUCCUCUGCUACCCCUUUCUUUUUUCCCCUCCAACGCCCCCAUCCUUUUCUUGAUCAGUCUCUCUUCCCAUCUCUAAAGAAUUGGCUAAUGUAACAUUCCAGAUAUAUUAACCAAACUUGUUUAGAACCAAACGUAUAUGCAAGGCUUUACGGAGUCUGCUUCUUCUCAGAUGGAGCUACGAUACUUGGGUGCCUACAAUAAUUCUGUUCCUCAAAAAGGUCCUUUUUUAAAAGAAAGAAUAUGUAAAAUAAAAUAAUGUAUUUAUCUGCCAAUGUGGUCAUUCACUGUAUUAUAGCACUGUGUGUGCAAGCCUAGAGAUAAAUUAUUAGAGGUAUUUAUAAAUAGUUGUACAUAUUUUAUUUGUUUGCGGUGUUGCCGAAAUGUUUGUUUUUGUUUUUUCGACCCAAUAAUGUUCAUGUUUUUUCUACCUGUACAAGUACUUUGUAACAAUGUACUUUCGAUGAGGGAAAAAUGAACUUUUUUUUUAAAGUGUUUCUUUGUUCCAAUAAAUAAAGACAUGGAUGAGAUGAUGA